AAUAAGCGUGGCACAGACCUUGCUUCCUCCUAAGGAACAGAUAUCUGUCAACAUCUCACUUCAGCUUGCAGACUUCUAAGGUGCUAGAAGGAAGGUGAACUCACCAGGCAGUGGUCAUGGCAGAUCAGCGCGCUACUUACAUUAACCAAAACAUUAACAACACCAAUAACUGUGUGAUGCCAGGCUCUGAGGAAGACAAAGGAAAUCAUCUUUAUGAUCGCGUCCCGGAAGAUCCAGCUUCUCCCUCUUCCACCACUACUAUCCCGGAGAUGAUGGAUCUCAGUCAAGAUUGCAACGAGGGCAGCCGCAGCACUUCUGUGGCUUCUCAGCACGGGUCUGAUGGGGAGAGUAGUUCUUCCUCUGAGCACAGUGCUGCAGAUGAGCACCCGUACCAGGACAUGGAUCAGAUGAGCCCCGCUCAUGAAGACAAACCCAUGACAUUUGAGAACUGCGGGUUUUGUCCUCCAGGUUUCCACUUGCGUCGGAGCCAGAGCACUUCCACCUCUCCGACCUCCCUCAAGUUCCCACUUGGCACUAACAUAGGAGAAAACAACAACUUUGAGGAAGAUUACGAGAUCUUCAUGUUUGUAAAGGCUGGUAUAGAUGGGGAAAGCAUUGGGAACUGCCCGUUCUCCCAGCGUCUCUUCAUGAUCCUCUGGCUCAAAGGAGUUGUGUUCAACGUCACCACUGUUGACCUGAAAAGAAAGCCAGCUGAUCUACACAACCUGGCUCCUGGAACUCACCCACCUUUCUUAACUUUUAAUGGAGAAGUCAAGACAGAUGUUAACAAGAUUGAGGAAUUCUUGGAAGAGAUUCUUGCACCUCCAAAGUAUCCCAAGCUGGCUGCUAAGCACCGGGAAUCAAACACUGCUGGAAUUGAUAUCUUCUCCAAAUUUUCUGCUUACAUAAAAAAUACCAAGCAGCAGGACAAUGCUGCCCUUGAAAGAGGUUUGGUGAAGGCUCUGAAGAAGCUGGACGACUAUCUGAGAACCCCUCUGCCAGAGGAGAUUGAUGCAAACAGCACUGAAGAAGAGAAGGUGUCCAAACGCAAGUUUCUGGAUGGAGAUGACCUCACCCUUGCUGACUGCAACCUUCUGCCCAAACUCCAUGUUGUCAAGAUUGUUGCAAAGAAGUACCGCAACUUCGAGUUCCCAACAGAGAUGACGGGGCUGUGGCGGUACCUGAAGAACGCGUACGCCAGGGAUGAGUUCACUAACACCUGUGCAGCAGACAAAGAAAUUGAGCAAGCCUAUGCAGAUGUGGCCAAACGGCUCAGCAAGCCCUAACUGACCCCAGCAGUGGCUCGGCAUCCCUGACAGAUUCCUGUUUUGCAGACUCUUCUCCUUGUUGCCUUAAGAUAUACCUUAUCGUUAUCUAUCUGGCUGGCAUCCCUAUGAUUUCACCUGUUCAAGAGUAGUGGUCAGGGACA